CGGUCGCCAUGGCCGCCCGGGCGGCGACGUGAGCGGGUCGGCGGACCCCGCGCCGGGGCCUGGCCGCCCCCAGAGCCGCCGCCGAGCCCGCGGCGCGAGAGCCCCGGGCCAUGCGGCCGCCGCCGCCGCUGCUGUCGCUGCUGUCGCUGCUGUCGCUGUCGCUGCUGCUACUCGGCGGCCGCAGCGCCGCGGCGACCCCCGCAGACUCUCUUCCCCAGCUGCCUGCUCCUCGAGACCCGAAGAUUCUCCUGUACAAUGCCAAGCAGGUUCUGAGCUGGGAUCCAGUGUCCCUGGGCAAUGACUCGAGGCCGGUGGUCUACCAGGUGCAGUAUAAAUUUGGCAGUAGCGGUAUGUGGUAUGAUGUCAAGAGCACAGGUGUGAAUUGUAUGAAUAUCACCACAGCGGAGUGUGACUUCUCCCCAAACAGCAACUCAGUCCUUUGGGAACCAGAAUGGGAGAUCUCCUUACGUGUUCGAGCUAAGGUGGAAGACCUAGUUUCUCCGUGGCUGACAGUGCCUUCAUUCCGGUACUGUUGGAAUGUUACCAUUGGGCCUCCCAGAAACAUUUGGGUGACACCAGGAGAAGGUUCCCUUAUCAUCAGGUUUUCCUCUCCCUUUGACAUCCAUGCCCACUGGCCCCAUUUUUUGUAUUAUGUCCAUUACUGGGAAAAGGCAGGACUCCAACAGGUUAAAGGCCCUUUCAGGAGCACCUCCAUUGAGUUGAAUGAUUUGAAACCCUUAAGAGAAUACUGUUUACAAGUCAAAGCGCAUCUGGUUUGUAAAAAAUCGAAUGUCUUUAGACCUGGACCUUUAAGCGACGUAUCUUGCUACCAGACAACAAUGGACGCCACCACCAAACUCCAGCAAGUCAUCAUGAUUGCUGUGGGACUCUUCGUGUUCUUGUCGAUGCUCGCGGCGGCCUGUUUCUUCCUGGUCCUGAAAUACAGAGGCCUGGUGAAAUACUGGUUUCACUCUCCACCAAGCAUCCCAUUACAAAUAGAAGAGUAUUUAAAGGACCCGACUCAGCCUAUCUUAGAGGCCCUGGACAAGGACAGCUCGCCAAAGGACGAUGCCUGGGACUCUGUGUCCAUUGUUUCGUUUCCAGAGAAGGAGCAAGAAGAUGUUCUCCAAAGUACUCUGAACCAAAGCGCUGGUCCGGUCCAGCAGCCUGUGGGAUGAGGGCUCUGAGCCGACGACGCAGCUGAUGUCCGUGUCGGGACUUGACAGAGCCCAGCACUCCAUAUCCCUGUCCCGCCAAGCCCGCUGGUGCCUGGGAAGACGUCACGGGUCUCGUGGGGGAGACAAGCUUGUUUUUUCGUCUCUAGAGUUUUCUAAUCAUACAAGUUCCCAGAAUGAUUCUACAGCAAUAGCCCAGAAUAAUUAAGACUUCUCUUAAACACUAAAAAGACACAUACCUGUUAGCAAAAUGACUCUGGUACGCCUCUGAGGUUUUGUUCAUCAGCAGGGAGGACACCUGCUCCUCCCCUUGACCCUGGCGAGUGGGCUGCGGCCCCUCGGGCAGGUCAUGUAACCUGUCCCAGGCUGUCCCAAUGAGGAACAUCGAGUGACCCUUGUCCAUAUCCAGUCUCCCGCCUUAAAAUGUGAUUAGUCCUGUAAAUAGUUUCCUGGUAAUUUAAGCCCAUUUUUUUCAAGCUAGGAAUAAAAGACUUUAACUUUUUAAAAGUCAAA